AUGGCCGGUACAACUAUCCCUGAAGAAGAACAAGUCCCUGAGGGAUGGACCACGGACCCCAAGCUCCUAGAGCAGAACCUGGAAGGAGAGGAGGGACUGUGGGUAAAUCGCUGCGGUCUUGAAAACCCCGUCACGCUCUUGCACAGCACGCCCGAAUCGGGAAAUGUCGAGGCGUUGAUCACGGCUGGAGGCCGGUAUUACUUCAUGGAGUAUUUGGGAUACUCGAUUUUCGAGAUCCUCAGACCGAAAUCACUACAUGGGAUUCUGCGAACAAUGCGUGAUGGUAGGGAGAGGUUCAUGUCUCUCAGGAAAGUGGAGGAGGUAGAGCCGGUGGAAACUGAGGAAGAACUGAGAGAGAAUCAAGAGAGAUGUAAGGAAUCUUUGGCUGAGGAGGAAAGGCUAGUGGCCCGAUUAAAGGCUGGGUUUUGGGACUGGGAGCCCCAUGAGCCGGAUUAG